UCUCUGCGCGGGAAUUCGGCGGGACAAAACAAUUCGAUCACUUCUGUCGAAAACUGUCAAGGAAACCAGGCGUAAGGGCGGUUUGGCCAAGUUCAAUUGGCGACAAAUUUCGGCACAAUGGCGGAGAAAUCUACAAGUGAAGAAACUCUGCGGAACGGGGCGGAUGCGGAGGACGACGAAAGCAAUGCCAUCACCAUGGUUGAUGUGCUCAAGGAGGAAAAUGAGCUGGAGGAAGACGCGAACGCUGUGCUCGGAGGCUCCGACCCCCAGAACUGCACCUACCCUCAGGGAUAUGUGAGACGUCAAGCGCUCUAUGCCUGCACUACCUGCAUUCCAGCCAAUUCCGAGCAAAAGCAGGGUGGCGUUUGUCUGGCCUGCAGUUAUUCGUGCCAUGAGGGUCAUGACCUUGUCGAAUUGUACACCAAGCGGAACUUCCGUUGUGAUUGUGGUAACUCUUUGUUCGGAGGAAACAAGUGUCAAUUGGAGCCGGUGAAGGAUAUAAAUGAAAAUAACAAGUACAAUCAGAACUUCAAUGGUGUUUACUGUACCUGCCACAGACCUUAUCCUGACUCUGAGGAUCCAGUUGAUGAUGAAAUGAUUCAGUGCAUAAUAUGUGAAGAUUGGUAUCAUGGCCGACACCUUGGAACCCAAAAGUUCAUUCCAAGUGAUUAUGGUGAGAUGAUCUGUGGAUCCUGCAUGAGCCAACAUUCAUUCCUGUGGAACUACGCUGGGUUGUGUUUAACCAAAGCUACUGAAGGGACUGCCGAAACAGAGGUGAAUGUAGAAAUGACCCCUCAGAAAAUAGCUGCUUCGGAAAGUUCUGAAACUACCUCCACUGCAUGUGCUCCUACCACCUCUGCAGGAGCACCUAACACUUCAUCUCCUCUAAAGAACAAUGGAGAAACUCCUUCCACCCAAAGCAAUGGGGUAGAAUGCACUUUGUCAACAUUCAAGCCAGUGGAACAGCAUAAGGGUGCGACAUUCUGGCCUGAAGGGUGGCGCAAACAACUAUGCACAUGCCAGAAGUGUCUGGAAAAAUAUGAAGCUGAGGCGGUGCCGUAUCUUACUGAUUUGCAAGACACCGUUCAGUUUUAUGAAGAACAGGGAAAGGCCAAGAGUGCAAAUGGUCAAGGAAACUCACAAUAUGACCAUGCUAUGCGUGCUCUUUCCCAACUUGAUCGUACUGCUCAAAUUGAGGCUCUGCAUGGUUAUAAUGACAUGAAAGAACGAUUGAAAGAGUAUCUGCAGAAGUUUGCUGAAAACAAAAAGGUUGUGAGAGAAGAAGACAUCCGAGAAUUCUUCAGCCAAAUGCCACGCAAACGUGCUCAUGUUGAAUUGCCUUCUAACUGCCGUUAAUAAAUCCAAAAUUUUGGAUAA